AUGGGAUCACCUCUCUCCCCCAUCAUCACCAAGAUCUACAUGACAGAACCCGAAGACAAGACCCUCCUCAACUUACCCGUCACACCAAUAUGCUGGUUCCGGAAAGAAGACGACACAUUUGUCAUAAUCAACCCCACCGAUGAUCCCAUCUGCCUUCUCAAACACCUUAAUGCCCAACAUCUACGCAUGAAAUUCGACGUCCAAGGAGAAAAAGACAACAACAAACUCCAAACAAGUGUGUACAGGAAACCAACCCGCACAGACCAAUAUCUUCACUUCUCAUCUAAUCACCCACUGCAAGUCAAGAGAGGUAUAAUCGCCACCCUAGCCAGAAGAGCAAAGAACAUCAGCUCCACAAACCAAGGCCUUGAAGUCGAGUUAGAACACCUUCGCCAUGUCUUCAUAAACCUUAAUCAGUACCCAGCUAAUCUAGUCAACAGAACCAUCAAGACCACCCUCAACCCAAAAGACAAACCACCACGUCAACAAUCAUCCCCGUUCAUCACCAGUUUACCAUAUGUGGAUACAACCAGCCACCAUAUCUGCAGAUUACUAAUGAAGCAAGCCAACAUAGAUGCUGUGUUCCAGAGAGGCCCUUCAGACGUUGUCUACUACAUUCAAUGCAAAUGUAAACAGUUGGCUAGCUAUUGA